UCCCCAGCACCAUCAAUAUGCUCUUCUUUGUUAGAUUUAAAUAUUUCUGAUAGUGACGAUAAUAAUAAAAAUUCAAGUCCAGAGAUUGAUAUAAGGGGGUUGGUUGAAAACCACAGUCAGGAAGCAUGUGCAGAAAGUAUUGAGUGCCAACCUAAUAUUUUAGAACCAGAUACGCCACAAAGUUCUAUACAGCAGCAGCAGCCUACUCCCCGCGUAGCACCAAAGAUUCUCAGGUCAAAACGAAGAAACCCAGAAAUUGUCAAAACUGUCAAACAAAAAAAGAAAAAGAAUGAGCCGAUUGUGUACAAUUGGAAAAGAGAUAAGGAAAUUGAUUUUCGAGCUGAUAUACCAAGUUUUAAUUUUACUACCCCAGAAAAAAUUCAAGAACCCAUAGAUUAUUUUUAUAAAUUUUUCUCUGAAGAUAUAAUAAAAAUAAUUUUGGAACAAACCAAUCUAUAUGCCGUUGAAAAGACAGGGUCUUCACCAAAUAUAUCUGAGAAUGAUAUCAAAGAUUUUAUAUCUAUUAAUAUUUUGAUGGGCGUAGUAAAGAUGCCUGCUUACACCGAUUUUUGGGCAAAAGAGUCUAGAUAUUCUAAGGUAGCGGAUGUAAUGCCACUCAAGAAAUUUCAAAAAAUUAGAAAAUUUUUACAUUUUGCCAACAAUAAUGAAGACGAUGGCGAUCGUUACUAUAAAAUCCGUCCCUUACUAGAACGAAUAAGAAAAAACUGUUUGUCUAUUGAACAAGAAGGCAAGUAUAGUAUAGAUGAGAUGAUGGUCCCUUAUAAGGGCACGCGUGCAGGGAACAGACGCCAGUAUAUGAAGGGAAAACCAAAAAAAUGGGGGUACAAAGUUUUCGUAAGGGCAGGUGUAUCUGGCUUAGUGUACGACUUUAUAAUAUAUGGAGGAGAGGAUACUUUUCGGUUCAAUGAGUUCACAUCCGCAGAAAGUACCAUGGGCUUUGGUGCUAAGGUGGUCAUUGCAUUGACAAAAUCAAUUCAGAAUCCAGCUUGUUCAGUCCUUUAUUUUGACAACUUUUUUUGUUCUUUAGAGCUAGUUACAUAUCUUCGUGACAAUUACGGUGUAUUUAGCUUAGGAACGUUACGAUCUAAUAGAUUGAGAGGUGCACAGAAAUUACUGAAGAGCGACAAAUACAUGAAAAAAAAUGGCAGAGGCAGUUUUUGCCAGAUCGUCAGCACCAAACGAAAAGUAGUUAUUGUCAAAUGGUUUGACAACAAAGCUAUACAUUUAGCAAGCUCUUUUGUAGAUGCUCAUCCUCUUGAUGAAGUUCUUCGAUAUAAUAAACAUAUAAGAGCUAGAUCCAAAGUAAAAUGUCCACAAAUAGUCAAACAGUACAAUGUACAUAUGGGUGGUGUCGAUUUAGCCGACAUGCUUGUGGCUUUAUAUAGAACAGAGUUUAAAGGGCACAGAUGGUACUUAGUAAUUUUUUCCCAAAUGCUUGACAUUUGCGUUAAUAAUGCUUGGCUUCUAUAUAGAAGGGACCACAAGUUAUCGAAUCAGAAGCCUGCGUUAAAGCUUAAAUGUUUUCGUCUUAAUGUUGCUGCUGCUUUGGCUGCUGCUGGUAGAGAUGAAAUUAAGCCAGAAGAUUUCAAAAGCCCAAAGAUUGUUACUCCAUCUGGUCCUUUACCAAUCGACAGCAUCAGAUAUGAUUGUAUCGGUCAUUGGCCGGCAGUAGAUAAAAAAGGACGUUGUCGCUUUUGCAAAUUAGGGCAAACAACAAUUUUGUGUAAGAAAUGCAAAGUUAGAUUGUGCCUAAUGGACAAACGAAAUUGUUUUGAAUCUUUCCAUAAGGGUUCCUAG